CAUUUGAAACACUGAAAUUUGUACCACAAAUUGCCACGAAGAACAGAAUUCUCUUUGGUGCCGCAACAUAAUUAAACAAUAAUCGUUGUAUAGCUAACAAAUCAAAUUAUUAAGCAACUUCUUUAGUAAAGGGAAAGAAGAAUGGGCUCGAGUCAAAGCAUACACGUACCCGGCGGUGGCACCGAAGGCUACCACGUACUCAAGGUGCAAGACAACUCGCCCGGCCAAAAAGCUGGCCUAGAGGCAUUCUUUGACUUUAUCGUAGCCAUAGCCGGAACCCGUCUUGACCAGGAUAAUGAUAUGCUUAAGGAAUUGCUGCGUCAGAAUGUGGAUAAACCUGUGCGCGUCACUGUCUAUUCGAGUAAGACACAAACAAUUCGCGAACUGACAUUGACGCCCAGCAACAAUUGGGGAGGCCAAGGAUUAUUGGGCGUCAGCAUUCGCUUCUGUUCGUUCGAGGGUGCCAACGAAAGUGUCUGGCACAUAUUGGAAGUGCAUCCAAACUCGCCAGCUGAGCUGGCUGGACUGCGCGCCUAUAGCGACUAUGUGAUUGGCGCCGAUGCCAUACGUCAUGAGAAUGACGAUCUGUUUACGUUGAUCGAGACACACGAGCAACAGCCGCUCAAGAUGUACGUGUACAAUUUGGACGACGAUGCUUGCCGCGAGGUGACCAUUAAACCCAACACCGCCUGGGGUGGCGAGGGUGCUCUCGGCUGUGGCAUUGGCUAUGGAUACCUGCAUCGUAUACCAGUACAGUCAGUGCCAGCUCCAUCGCCGUCGGCACCAUCAACUGGACCAGCUACAGCUACGUCGACGGCAAUGGGAGUCGUAAAUCCCGUUACAGUGCCCUUGGUGGCAGCCACAGCGGCCAGUGCCGUUGUUGCACCAACGUUGCCUUAUAUACCGCCACUGGCCAACACAUUUGGCUCAGCAAAUGCUGAGAUUCGACCACCAACUAUUGAGCCGCCAGCUCAGAGCAUUUUCAAGACCUAUUUCAAUCCGGAUGAUGGCACAGAUGCGUUAACCACAGCUUUAGAAACCCAAGCUUUGAUCAAAGAUCCGCAGGAGCCCUUAACGGACAGCACUGCAACUCCAGCAGCUGUAGCUACGCCAGCACAGCCUGUGAUGCAUCCUCAGCCUGUGUUGCCUCCUGUGUCUGUGGCUCCGCCUCAGCCUGUGGUGCCUCAAUCCGUAGCAGCGCCUCAACAUGUGGCACCGCCAGCGAACAUCUAUAUACCCGGCGUAUUUGAUCCCAACGCCCAGCAGAAUGUCAACGUGAGUGUUGGAGGCAUUCCUGCCGCCCAAUUACCAUUUCCACAAGCGACGACAGCAACAUUGCCACCACCAGCAGUACCCAUGUUCUCCAUGGCCGCAUUGCCGCACCAACAGCAACAGAUCUAUAUGUCCGCACCAGCCGCACUCUCGUACCCAGCUGCCGGGGACGCUGCCCAAACAGUGCACACAUAUCCCCAGAUGCAGCCAUCAAUGGGAGGACUGUUCCCAACGCAACCAACGCCGAUGCCGCCCCAAAUGGCGCAUGUUUUCACGUCUCAACAGCCACCGCCGCCGACAGCGACAUCGAGCAAUGAACAAACGUCACUAGGUGCAAUGGCAACUGUUCCGACUAACUGAAGACAGCUAAAGAAUGACGUGACGUGACGUUGUUGGCGACUCUGCACUGUCGUUAAGUUUAUCAUCUGAUUGUUUUAUUGAUUCUAAUAGCGAUUAACCGAAAUCACAAGUGACAAGCUGUCAAACACACAUUUCAGAGCAAACUGCAUUAAUAAACACAACUUAUAUACAUAUAUAUAAAUAAAUAUUUAAAUAAAUGGUACUUUAAAAUGUAUGCAACGGUAA